AUUGCAAUGGGCAGUUCCUGCCUCUCUCUCCUCAUCUGCUCAUCCCCUUUGCUGCAGUUCUUUGCCACUCUGCUUUUUCGUCAAGAUAACGAUCGUGGUGGACUCAUGGGAUUUCUUCCUAGAGAUAUCCAAAUUGCAGUCUGGCGGGCAGCACUAAAGCGCUGCUGCGUCUGUGGCCAGAGCGGGGCAACCAUCAUGUGUUGCAAGGAGGACUGUGGCAGAUGGUUCCACCUGCCCUGUGCCAAGGAGGGCGGCUGUGUCACACAGUAUAUUCCAGAUUACAGCUCCUUCUGCCCUGAGCACGGUCCAGAGCAGGACGUGGAGGCGACUCCAGAGCCGGGCACCGAUUGCCUCAUCUGCAUGGAGCCUGUGGAGGAUAGAAAGACCUUCAGAACCCUGGUGUGCCCAGCGUGCAAAAGGGCCUGGUUCCACAGGGACUGCAUCCAGGGACAGGCCAUGUGCGCUGGUGCUUUAGCCUUCCAGUGCCCCCUGUGCAGAGACAAGGUGGCAUUCACAGUUGAAAUGUUCACCAUGGGGAUCCGAAUUCCCUUCAGACUGCCAACAUGGGAGGACAACGAUGCCUUUGCGGAUCUAGGAGAGAGGCACAGCAGGUGCACUGCCAGGGAUUGCCUUUACCCGGGAGGCAGGGAGGAGGCAGAGGAAGAGGGGCCCUGGGAGCUGCUCCUGUGCUCCUCCUGCGCUGCUGAGGGCACCCACAGGCGCUGCUCUGGCCUGAGAAACCGCAUAGAGAGCUGGGAGUGUGACAGCUGUGCUGGUGUCGGAACGGCUUCCAGGGAUGAGUCAGAGCUCAGUGGCCCCAGCCUGACCAGACAGUCAGGACUGGAGCCUGCUGAUGGCUCCUCAGCACCUGAGGCCAUCAGCCCCAGCUUCAGCACCCUGGUGCCAUCGGGGCUGGAUCCCCAGUCUCCAUCUGCGGAGACCAGCAGCAGCCACCAGCACACAGUAUGGCUGCAGUCUUUGCUGUCUUCUUAACUGGACACCAGCAGCCCCAGCACAUCAAGCUCAACGUACAGCAGCUCCUCUGACCCUGAGGACAGGGUCCAUUGCAGACGUGCUGGGCCCGGCUGCAGGCCAACCCGCUCUCGCCAGCAAGGUCGGGCCCCAGAAGGA